CCACCAACCUAAAGCUACAAAGUUGGUAAAUAUUGAGUACAUGUCUAAAGAUACUUAAACAAUGGAUGAGGAGCUUGUUAAACAACUUGAAGGUUUAAAGUUGUCAGAAAUACCAAGAUUAAAUUGUCAAAACUCUGAUUGCUUUGUUUGUAAUGAAAGUCAGCACAGUUUUUCAAAAGUAGAAACCGAAUAUAGUUAUUAUCGACAACCCGGAAUCUUUUUUAAAGAAUAUUUUCAGCUAGAAGUAUGUAUAUGGGGAUUAAACAUUAAAGAUUUACCAAAACCAAUUCCUAGCUUUGAGUCUAUAAAGCAGCUACCGCCUUCAAUAUUUGAUGCCACGUUCUACAAAGAACCAACACCUGUUUAAAAAAGUAUCAUACCACUUAUGAUGAAAGGAUUAGAUCUAGUUGUCUGUGCCCAAACAGGUUCAGGAAAAACGGCAGCUUUUUUAAUUCCAAUUAUUGCAAAAGUUCUAUCAAAACCUAAAGAUGCACAGGUUUUAUCAAAACCUACAACUGAAAAACCUUAUGCUCUAAUACUUACACCAACACGAGAACUUGCAAUUCAAAUACAUCGAGAUGCUGUGCUGUUGACAAAAAAAACUCACAUAAAAUGCUGUUGUGCUUAUGGUGGGAAAUAUUUUAGUGAAAAUAUCAUUGAAAUAAGUGCUGGGUGUGAUCUGUUAAUUGCAACUCCUGGUAGAAUACUACAUCUUUGUAGAUCUAUAAAAGGUUUGUUGUCAACAGUUAAAAUUUUUGUUUUGGAUGAAGCAGAUUAUAUCCUUGGAAAUAAGUUUGUUGAAGAUAUUGAAGAAAUUAAUCAUAUUUUGCCACCAAUCAAUAAAAGACAAACAGUUUUGUUUUGUGCCUCAAUCCCCGGCAAAUUCGAGAAAGCUGUUUAUGGAUCAAAAUCAAUUAUACACAAAUUUAUUAAAUCAGAUUUUAAAGAAGUUUUUAAAGAGUUUCUCAAAAAAGAAUAUAUUUUUGUUUGUGUAGGCAGAAUUGGUGGAACACUUAAUUUUAUUGCUCAGUCUUUUUUUAAAGUCGAGCCUGAUACAACAAAAUUAAAAAUACUUACAGAUAUUUUAAAAGAUGAAUCAAAGGAUAAUAAAAAGACAAUUGUGUUUUUGGAAACCAAAGAAGAUGCAGCUGCAAUGGCUAUGUUUUUAUGUAGUUGUGGUUUUCAAGUGACAGUCUUUCACAAAGAUCGAUGUCAAAAAGAUAGAGAAUAUGCAUUACAUCAAUUUAACACUGGUGUCAAAACAAUAAUGAUAUGCACAAGUGUGUCUGCAAGAGGUCUUGAUAUUGUUGAAGUCAAAACUGUUAUCAAUUAUGACUUGUCUUCUGAUAUAUCAACUUAUCUAUACAGAAUUGGACGAACAGGAAGAGCUGGUCAUGCUGGAAAAGCCAUUUCUUUUUUCGUUAAAGGGCGUGAUGAAGGUAUUGCAAGAGGAUUAGUAAAAAAUCUAUCAAUGCUGUAUAUUUUUAGUCUGAUCAGGAUGUUCCUGAGUGGCUUGAUGAUAUUGCAAAAACUGCGCAUGGAACAAAUCGUGGACCUCGAGGAGGAAAGUAUGCCGCAAAAGACACAAGAUAUAAUGUGUCUUCCAAAGUUUUUUACGCUGUAUAAAUACCGAAUGGUUGUCAAAUUCUCUGAUUAUUUAAAUUUUGUUUUUCUUUUUUAAA